AUGGAGGAGAAGAAUUCCACUCAUCUGCACAUGUUCCUCUUGUUAGGAUUCCCAGCCCUAGCAGACUUGCAUGUGGUGUUUUCCAUAGUAUUUCUGCUGACCUACAUUUUAACUGUUUUGAAGAAUAUGGUAAUCAUUGCCCUGAUCAAGACAAACUGUGAGCUCUACAAACCCAUGUAUUUUUUCCUUGGUCACUGCUCCUUCACUGAGGUCUGCUAUAUCUCAGUCACUAUCCCUAAACUUGUCAAUUUCAUUGCUGAAGACAGGAUUAUUUCCUUUGUGGGUUGCAUGACCCAACUGUUUUUCUUCAGCUCCUUCAUGUGCACUGAGUGUGUCCUUCUCUCUGCAAUGGUGUACGAUUGCUAUGUGGCUGUCUGUCAACCAUUGCACUAUCCAGUCAUGAUGACAUACGAAAUGUGCAUAUACCUGGUAGCUGUCUCCUGGUUCAGCAGGUUCAUUGUGUCCUUGACCAAGAUUUCCUUCAUCUCUCAGUUGAAGUUUUGUGGUCCCCAUGUUAUCAACCAUUUUUUCGGUGAUAUUAGCCCUGUGCUGAACCUCGCCUGCACUGAUAUGUCACUGGCAGAGAUGGUGGACUUUGUAUUGGCCUUAUUCAUACUGCUCAUUUCAUUCUUCAUCUCUCUUGUCUCCUACUUACUAAUUUUCAUGACAAUCCUGCGCAUCCAUACCCAGAGUAAGAAGAAAGCCCUCUCCACAUGUUCUUCCCACCUAACUGUGGCCACCAUUUUCUUCUCAGCCACCCUCUUCAUGUAUGCCUGGCCCAAGAAGAUCAACCCUUUUGACUUGAAUAAGCUUGUGUCAGCCGUGUAUACUAUUGUCACUCCCAUCCUAAAGCCCUUCAUUUACUGUCUGAGGAACCAGGAAGUGAAAAGAGCACUGAAAAAAACUCUCUGUGAAAAUAAUUGUUAUCUCUAA